UAGAAACAUCUCGCUUUCCGUGAGGUUGGGAUGAAGAGGCCAGAGGGACGGCUGGCUGGAGGUCUGCGUGGUAGAAGGGGCCGUCCAGUGUCCCCCACACUUGCCUCUGAAACAGCAUGUUCAACUCGAUGAGCCCACCGCCAGUCAGUAGCUAUGGUGAACCCUGUUGUCUUCGGUCCCUCCCCAGUCAGGGGGUCCCAACCAUGGGGGCAGAAGGACUCUCAGCUCUGCCCUUCUGCCACCAGUCCAACCUCAUGCCUGGCCCCCACAAUUACGGGCCAACCAGAGAGCCCAACAGCUGCAGUGAGGGCCCACUUUUUCCCCCUCCCCGGAAUGGAGUCAAAUUGACCAAGAAGCGGGCACUGUCCAUUUCACCUCUGUCUGACACCAGCCUGGACCUGCAGACAGUCAUUCGUACAUCACCCAGCUCCCUCGUGGCCUUCAUCAACUCACGCUGUGCAUCUCCUGGAGGGUCCUAUGGCCACCUCUCCAUCAGCACCAUGAGCCCAUCUCUGGGAUUCCUGCCCCCUGUGAACCACCAAAAAGGGACCUCUCCUUCCUUCGGGGUCCAGUCCUGUGGUCCCCAUGAUCCCACACAGAAUGGAAUGAUGCCACAUCCUCAGUCCCGAGGACCACUUCCAACUUGCCAGCUGAAAUCUGAGCUGGACAUGCUGGUAAGCAAGUGCCCAGAGGAGCCCCUGGAAGGGGACAUGUCCAGCCCCACCUCCACAGGCACACAGGACCCCCUGCUAGGGAUGCUGGAGGGGCGUGAGGAGCUAGAGCGAGAGGAGAAGCCGGAGCCUGAAUCCGUCUAUGAGACCGACUGCCGCUGGGAUGGCUGCAGCCAGGAGUUUGACUCCCAGGAGCAACUGGUGCACCACAUCAACAGCGAGCAUAUCCAUGGGGAGCGGAAGGAGUUUGUGUGCCACUGGGGGGGCUGCUCCAGGGAGCUGAGGCCCUUCAAAGCCCAGUACAUGCUGGUGGUCCACAUGCGAAGACACACGGGGGAGAAACCGCACAAGUGCACGUUUGAGGGGUGCCGGAAAUCAUACUCCCGCCUGGAAAAUCUGAAGACACACCUGCGGUCACACACGGGGGAGAAGCCGUACAUGUGUGAGCAUGAAGGCUGCAGCAAAGCCUUCAGCAACGCCAGUGACCGAGCAAAGCAUCAAAAUCGGACCCACUCCAAUGAGAAACCAUACGUGUGCAAGCUCCCUGGAUGCACCAAGCGUUACACAGACCCCAGCUCACUGCGCAAACAUGUCAAGACGGUACACGGCCCUGAUGCCCAUGUGACCAAACGGCACCGAGGGGACGGUCCCCUGCCUCGGGCACCGUCCCUUCCGACGGUGGAACCCAAGAGGGAGCGUGAUGGAGGCUCUAUUCGGGAGGAAAGCAGACUGACGGUGCCAGAAGGGGCCAUGAAGCCACAGCCAAGCCCUGGAGCCCAGUCUUCCUGCAGCAGCGACCACUCCCCAGCAGGCAGCGCAGCCAAUACUGACAGCGGAGUCGAAAUGGCUGGGAAUGCCGGGGGCAGCACAGAGGACCUGUCUAGCCUUGAUGAAGGGCCUUGCAUGGCUGGCAACGGACUGUCCACUCUCCGCCGCCUUGAGAACCUCAGGCUGGACCAGCUACACCAACUCCGGCCAGUGGGGCCCCGGGGUCUCAAACUGCCCAGUCUGACCCACACGGGCACCCCCAUGUCCCGCCGUCUGGCUCCCCCAGCCUCUAUGGACCGUCGCAGCAGCAGCUCCAGCAGCAUCAGCUCUGCCUAUACCGUCAGCCGCCGAUCCUCCUUGGCCUCCCCUUUUCCCCCGGGCUCCCCAACAGAGAAUGGGGUACCCUCUCUGCCUGGCCUCACCCCUGCCCAGCACUACCUGCUCCGGGCCCGAUAUGCUUCAGCCAGGGGAAGCGGAACCCCACCUCCAGGACCAUCCAGCCUGGAGCGGGUGGGAGGUCUUCCUGCCCCUCCUUGGAGAAGCCGAGCUGAAUACCCAGGGUUCAACCCCAACAUGGGAGUCACCCGGAGAGCCAGUGACCCAGCCCGGGCUGCUGACCACCCUGCCCCUGCCCGAGUCCAACGGUUCAAGAGUUUGGGGUGUGUCCACAGCACUCCUGCUGGGGCAGGUGGGGGACGGAAUUUUGACCCCCAACUCUCCACCUCCGUCUACUCACCACAGCCCCCCAGCAUCACCGAGAAUGUUGCCAUGGAUACCCGAGGGCUACAUGAAGAGCCAGGGUCUGGGGCCUCUAUGCUAGGGAGUCUAAACCCCUACGUGGACUUCCCACCUGCAGAUCCUCUGGGGUACGGGGGACCUGAGGGGGCAGCUGUUGAACUUUAUGGAUCUCGGGGUCCAAGCUCCCUGCCUCUGGGGCCUGGCCCACCCACCAACUAUGGCCCCAAUCCCUGCCCCCAGCAACUCUCCUAUCCUGACCCCACCCCAGAAACAUGGAGUGAGUUCCCUCCCCACCCCGGGCUGUACCCAGGUCCCAAGGGUGCAACCGGUACCUAUAGCCAGAGUCGCCAUCUUGAACAUUAUGGACAAGUGCAGGUCAAGCCAGAACAGGGAUGUCCAGCAGGCUCUGACACAACAGCACUGGCACCCUGCCUCAACGCCCACCCUGGUGAGGGCCCUUCAUGCCCACAGCCUUUGUUCUCCCACUACCCCCAUCCCCCCCACCCCCAGUAUCCCCAGUCAGGUCCCUACCCUCAACCCCCUCCCGAUUAUCUUCCUUCCGAACCCCGGUCCAGCCUGGAUUUUGAGUGUUCCACUCACUCCCCAGGACAGUUCAAGACCCAGCUGGUGUGUAACCAUGUCCAGUCUCAACCAGAGCUGCUGUGGGAGGGUGGAGGCAGAGGGGAUCCCCCAGUCCAGGACCCUCUCUACCAGAGCCCCAAGUUUCUGGGUGCUUCCCAGAUGAGUCCCAGCCCUGCCAAAGCCCCAGUGGCCACCUAUGGACCCAGCUUUGCCCCUGGCUUGCCCAAUCACAAGGCAGGUUCUUAUCCCACCCCUUCACUGUGCCAUGAAAAUUUUGCUGGGGAAGCAAACAAGGCUUCCCACAGGGCAGCACCCCCGCCUCGACAUCUGCCCCCACUGCCCACUUGCUAUGGGCCCCUGAAGGCUGGGGGCACCAAUCCCAGCUGUGGCCAUCCGGAAGUGGGCAGGCCAGGGGCGGGCCCUGCUCUGUAUCCUCCUCCAGAAGGGCAAGUGUGUAACGCCUUGGACUCUCUCGACCUUGACAACACCCAGCUGGACUUUGUGGCUAUUUUGGAUGAGGCCCCAGGGCUAAGUCCUCCCCCUUCCCAUGAUCCAGGGGACACCUCUGAGCUCACCCCUCAUCCCCCCGGUGCUCCUAAUAUGGCUGUGGGCAACAUGAGUGUCUUACUGGGGUCUCUACCUGGGGAGACACAAUUCCUAAAUUCCAGUGCCUAAAGAGUGGAGAAUCCCAUUCACCACAGAUCCACCUUUCCCAGGGGGGUUCCAUACCCCUGGAGAAGUCAGGAGCCACAGAACCCUGGCAUGCCCCAGAAAUGGGAGGGGGGAGAUGGGACGGUAUACAAUCUGUAUGUUUUGGGAACAAUUUAAUAAUGACACUGUUUCCUGAUAAUAAAGGAACUGUAUGAGAAAA